GCAAUCUGCUCUACUGAGUGCUCUGCUUUCCACAUAUCACUGGCCCCUUCAUCCUAAAGUUUAUUUUCACAAUGUAAAGAGGAAGUAAAAAAAUACAGUCUAGAAAAUACAGAGAAAGCAGAAGUGGAAACCCAGGGAGCAGUUGUAUGUGGCACGGAGGAGGCAGAACAACACUGAGAAGGAACCAGUCAACUGGGCAGAAAGACAUUCCAAUCCAUUGGCACAAGAUGGACAGAGGAAACCGCCAGCGCCAUCUUGAUGAUCAGUAUAAUAUGUAUGAAAACAUGCAAGUCAAUAAUCCUACAAUAACGAAGAUAGAGAUUUAUGAAGAAGCAAAAGAAAAUCUUUCAGCAAAAUUUCUGAAGGCAAGCGAAAUGUUGAGGACUCAGAGGAGACUCCUGAUGGUUCUGGUGGCCCUGCUGAUACUUGUAUUUAUAUUCCUGAUAAUCGUCACAAGCCUGGUGUUCACAUACUAUUCUCUUGUUUCCACCCAACUGAAGCAGGCAGAUGAUGAGAAAUCAAUCCUCGUAGCCCAGAUUGAAAGCAUGAACAGGACUUUAGAUGAUGAGAAAUCGAUCCUUCUAGCUCAGAUCGAAAGCAUGAACAGGACUUUAGGGGAGCAGAAGAACGACCUGACAUUUGAGAUCAAAGAAGUCAAAAAGUGUAUCGGGGAGCAGAAGAACGACCUGACAUUUGAGAUCAAAGAAGUCAAAAAGUGUAUCGGUAUACUGAGAAGAGAAAGUCGCUAUACGUUUUGGGAUCUUGAAUACAGGAACUGUCUGUCAGCCAGCUAAUUCAAAUAUCACCACCAUUUACUGUCUUAAUAAGUGCUGUCUCAUGAUGUUGUAGGACUCACCAGUUGGGCAAGACAUGUCUCCCAUUGCACGCCAAUGAGUGGAAUUUUAUUGGCCAUAAGGACAUUUGUCUCAGCUGAAAACAUCUUAUUUGGACACAUCAUGAAUAUGUGGCCCUAUGUUAUUCUGUAUUGUAAAUACAUUUAAAAAAUCA